AUGAUCUAUUUUAUUCAAUUAUUUAUUUAUUUAAUAUAUUUAUUAAAUAAAUCCGAUGCAAUCAAAGACGAUAUUUUACUAAUAAACGAUCCAUCACAUAACUAUCAAACAUCUUACACGAUCGUUUCAGACAAUAAGAGAUUGAAACGUGAUCAAUCAUCUUGGAUGCCUUCAGAUAUUGAAAAAAAUCAGAUGUCAUGUGGAUCUGAUAUUUACACUAAAAUUUCGACGUGUUUAUUUUUGGGAGCAUGCGAGAAUGUCUCAGCUUGUCUUGACUCAGUUCAUUGCCCAUCAAGUGUUAAAAGUUUUGGAGGCUUGAUUGUUAAUUUACUCCGUUUACUCGAUCUUGAUAAUUGCCGUGCUGAUGAUUUCAACCCACCGUGUCCGCAUGGCAAACGAGUCGCAAUUUUUCAAACGUUAUCGACACAAUUAAGUCAAACUAUGGAUGACAAUUAUUGCAAUAAUAUAAUAAAUUUUAUGAAUGAUGUAAAAAAAGAAAUUGAAGAACGGUGUCCCUCGAAGCUCAAUCAAGCUGAAACAUUUCUUGAAAAUUAUUCAUGCACACCUUCAAGUACUGAACAUAUCGACAUUCCUCAAAGCACAAAUCGAGUUGAAAUAAAAACUCGUUUAUUUUUAUCAAGCAUUGACAAUACAUUAGCAACCGAUGCAACCAAAUUAUCAUCACAAAUCGCUUAUAUUGAUGAAGACAGUGAUUUAAACUUUAUUAACACAAAUACUAAUCCAUUAAAUACUAGUGAACAAACUGUUUAUGUUAAUGAUCAUCAAUAUUAUAAUGUUUCAUAUAUUGUUCCGAAAUCUGAAGGCAUACCAAUACAUUUUGUUGAUAAAAAUAGUCAAUUUAUUCUUAUUCAUGAACUUGCCCAUCGUCAUCGAUCCGCAUUUGGCAUCAACUUGAGAUUUGGUUUUCCUUUUUACGGUCACACUAUAAAUAAAAUUUUAGUUGCAACUGGAGGUUUUAUUUACACGGGUGAUCUACUACAUUCAGCAUUAAUUGGUAGUACACAAUAUAUUGCACCAUUUAUGGCGAAUUUCGAUGCAUCUAUUGGUAAAAAUGAAACAGAAAUAAAAUAUUAUGAUAAUAGAACACAUUUUGUGUGUACAUGGCAAAAGAUUUAUUUGCAAGAUCAACAAGAAGCUGGUCCAUUUACUUUUCAAGUUAUUUUACAAAACACUGGAAAUAUUUAUUUUAAUUAUUUACAAAUACCAAAAGUAAAAAUCUUGACGACAAAUCAUGCUCAUCGCGUUGGUUUAUCGGAUGCAUAUAUGUCACAGCAUUCAACAAACGAACAUAUUGUUCGAGUUAUAACAUUGUAUGAUAAAAUUAAUUUAGAUAAAGAAAAAAUUAGCAGUGGAGUUUCAGUUAUUUUUGAUAUGGAUCAAAUUUGUAAUACAUUUACCGAUUGUGCAUCAUGUUUGGCUAAUCGUGGCAAACGAUAUAAUUGUUCAUGGUGUGACGAUAUACAGAAAUGUUCGGAUGGUUACGAUCGUUCACGUCAACAAUGGAUUCGAGCACAAUGCCAUCGUUCAGCUGCUGCAGACACUUGCCCAAAUAGUAUGGAAGAUAUGUAUGAUAAUUAUCAUUUUUCAUCGUCAUCAUUACCAUCGAUUGCUCAAUUUGAAAAAAGAAAAGAAUCUUCUAUUGCAUCAUCUCGACCAUAUUCAACACUACAUACAUUUCGAACAAUUGUUAUAACACUUCUAUUAUCUGUCCUUAUUCUUUCUCUUGCUGCUCUGGCUGUUACAUAUAUGUACGCUUAUCGUAAUCCAACAUCACCAGCAGGCAUGUGGCUACUUGAACAUCGUCCAUCAAUUUAUAUUGCUCGUUUUAAACGUUCUACUGGUUCAAUCUAA